GCUUAUAUUAUACGUCAUCUACUCUUCAAGUUUAAAACAAUUGCAUAGCGAAGUACGCUUAUUUUUUACAAAAGUCGAAUUGAAUUGCAGUGACAUUUUGAAUUCAUCAAACGCAUACAAAUAUCAAAUACAUAUGUUGCCUCUAUGCCUCUGGUAUAGAUCGAUGAGUAUAGCUCUAUCUGUGACGCUCUUUGACGCGGUAUGAGACGUAAACACGGAACAGGUUGAGAGGUCGAGGAGAGACCGGUGACAUAACGUGUGGAAUCAGGGCUCCAACAAGUCCGUGUCAUUGAUCGUUUCUGUGCCCCCUCAGUGCCUCAUGGCUGGCCGGCUGCUGAAGGUGUCCUCUGUGGCCACGGCGCUGGUCGCCACCUCGGGGGUGUACCUCUACACCAAACAGCUGGACCCCAACGACCUCAGCCUCGUGCGCUUCGGCCGUGCAGCCGCCGCCACCGCUGUCAUCAGCUAUGACUACCUCACCGCCUUCAGGAACGUGGAACCCGGCACAGAUGAAUACUCGGCCCUCAAAUCCAAGGUAAUGCGCGGUCGCCACGCCUGCUGUUUAUCUUUAGCCCCUAGAGCCCCUAGCCCCUGGAGCUAGCCCCUAGCUCCUCAC